GAUUGUGACCGGAGACGAUAAUUGUUAAGUUGACUAUGUGUGCGUAAAAAUUUGUAGAAAAUAUUGUGUUUUUGCAAACUACGAAGCGCAAUAAACGUUUCUUAUUGUUUAUUAAGCUAACAAAACUUAGUGCAUCUUAUAAGGAAAUAAAAAUGUUGUAUAAAUGUGAAUAUUAAAAGUUAAGGACAAGAGUUUACUCAACAGUUUGUGAAGCAUUGCUACGUGCCAAAGUUUAAGAAGCACUGCGGUUGCAACAGUUUUAGACGCUGACAUGAAAACCGAUAGCCGAUUCGUCUUAUACGGAGACCUAUCGAUAGGUUUGCGUAAGCGCAGCCAACUUAACAUAAAAAUGUAGCUGUAAAGAAGUAGAAAAAUCGUAUAUGAACAAGGAGUAAAAGUUGAAAAUAAACAUAAAUACAUGAAAAUCCAGGCAUAUGAUACUCUGCGCUAGCUAAAAACACAAAGGCGACAAUUGUACAUAAAUUUCAAGUCGAUAUAAGUACACACAGACACAAAUACGGCGUUGCAUCAGCAUGCCAAAUUCCGGCGACUGCAGUGAUGCAGAGAUGAAUCAGCCGUCUUGCAGCAGGAAGGCUGUACACAAUAAAAAUACAAAUAAUGAUCGCGAGAAGAGAAAUCGACGGAUCAUCAUGCGAAUUGAGUUUAACGAUUCCGAUGACACGGACGCGGAAGACGCGUGCUCAGUCUCAAGCAAUGGAAAUAAUGACACUGCCGUAGGUGCGAGUGUUGACCUUGAUACGCGGCCUUCGUGUUCAACGGUGUCACAACUCCGCCGAAGUAGCCGUUCAAAACAAUUAAGACAACUGCCACAUGCCAUUAAGGACGUUAAGUCGAGUGGAGCAACGAGAAGAUCUGCUCGCCAAUUCCGAAGACGUAGUGAUAACAAUGAUAUGGAGCCUGAAGGCGGCUUUUCAUCCAGCGGCAGUGAGAUCGAAGAACGACCAACAAGAAAGCGGGAUCGCGGCAAGCGUAUGAAAGUUAAUGUUUCCGAGGACGAACAACUUGAUGGACAAGAGGUGAAGAAUGAUAUAAACAGGACAAAUGCUGUAGCGGAUGUUGAUGUCGGGGCAAUUUCCGAUAGCAGCAACAGUAGCAGCAAUGAACUACUUGAGAAAUGUCCCAUUUGCCUGUUUACGUUCCGGCAACAGGAGAUUGGCAAACCCGUCACAUGUGAGCACUCGUUUUGUGCGGCCUGCAUUGAGGCCUGGGCCAAGAACGUUCAAACCUGCCCUAUCGAUCGACUAGAGUUUGAUAGAAUCAUUGUGCUCGACAACUUUGAGAGACGCAACGUGAUUCGCGAAGUCCGCGUUGAUCUGAGCAGCUGCAAAACGGUGCUCAUCUUGGAUGACGAAGACGAUGUUGCGGGUGUGGCGGACGGUGUCGAUGAAGUGACCAAUUGUGAGAUAUGCAACAGUCCGGAGCGCGAAGAUAUCAUGCUACUGUGCGAUAGCUGCAACCAGGGAUAUCAUAUGGACUGCUUGGAUCCGCCUCUGUUUGAAAUACCCGAAGGUUCCUGGUACUGUGACAACUGCAUUGAUUCAAAUGACGAGGAUGAGGACGAAGCUUUGGAGCUUGCCGAGGAUUUGAAUACGCUGUACGAAGACCUACGCGGUAUGGGACUGCCCGAGACCAGAUUGCGUGUCCGCCAAGUCCAACAGCCACGCAUUCUCCGCACUCGUCAAAACGAACGUAUACGGGCAGCGGUCUUGCGUCACACACGUACGAGAUCCGCAGCUGGCGCGCAGACGGAAACGACAACCACAACGCGUACAACCACACGACGUAACCAUAGUAGCACAACAACGCGAACCACUCGCACCAGCACAAGCACCACAACAACCAGACGUGGACGCUCUAGACGAACCCGUCAUCGCACCUAUGUGGUGGAGUAUGAUCUCAAUAAUUUCGAUGAAAAAUUUGCGGUCAAGACGAGUAAAAAGGUCAUACGACGUCGACGCAGACGAAAGGCAACUAGACGAGCUCGUUCCCAGGCAGGCACACGAAGGUCAAGUGAUGGCGUCCGGAUGACGGCCAGCAAACGUCUGGCGGAACAACUUGGCGUUAAGGUUGACGGUGUGCGUGGUUCCCAUAUAAGUGGCGGCAGUGCGUCCAGUUUUACGCUAUUCGGCAAUGCCAAUGAUUUGGAAUACUUUUCGGAUAGCGACGAUGUGCGCGAAGAUGUUGGAGCAGACAUUGCGGCUGGACAUUCGGGGGCGACAGCAGUUCAAACAUCAGUUCGCAUUGGCAGCAUUGGAAGCCAAAGGAAUCGGAAAGCGCUUCUUCUGGGCAAAGCGAGAACAGCAGCCACAACACAUACUGCGGCCAGUGAUAUUCUUUCCAGCAUUAUGGAUAUGCAGGAUCGUUGGCAUGGCGCAUCGCGUAAUCUGAGCGAGGUGCACAUCAAUGCCGAUGGCAGUCUCAAUUUGCCACAACGCAAACCGACAGAUGUGACCAAGUCAGCCACAGAGCAUAUCACUCAAGCUCCACUUUAUCAACGGGGUGGUGCUGGACCUAAUUUUGGACGAGGCGGUGGUGGCAACUACAACAAUCGCUAUAGCGGCAACAACAACAGCAGCAACAACAACUAUCGUGGAGGUGGUGGAGGUGGCAGUGGAAACUCUGGUAAUCAGUAUCAAAGGCAUUCCACUGGCGGCAUUGGCGAUAAUACAUCCAACCAAUCUUUCAAUAGCAACAAUAAUAAUACAUCAAAUCCACACUUUCAACCGUUCCACAUGCGCUACAAUGCUCCCAAUCAACAACAACAACAGCAGCAGCAGCAACAAAAACAACAACGUAAUCAAAAUAUGCAACAAUCCCGCCAAUCAUCAGUAUCAUCAUAUUCCGCCUCCCCGUCAGCUGUUACGCCCUCAACGAGCUUUACGCACAGCAGCUUUCCACAGCAACCACAGAGGCAACUCUUUGGCGGAUUGCCCGCGCCGGUGAAUACUCCAGCUUUAAGCACUAGCAUGUCAAUGCCACCGGUUUUGACAGUACCACCGCCACCGGCACCGCCGCGCAGAUUAUCCUGGAACAACUCAUUGUUUAAACUGAACACAGAUUAUGGGAAUAAACCCAAUGCGGAUAAGGAUGAUGAGGACGAUGAUGACAACUGUCCGAAUUUCUCAAUUUACUCGCAAGAAUCACAAGCGGUGGCCACUGAAUUAUUUGCUCCACAAACGGCGGCCAGAAGUUCUGAUAAGGAUGACGACGAAAUGAAUGAAGAUUUAGUACAAUUAGACGAUGAUGAAGACAUACCAUUGCCGCCAGAGCCCCAAGUUGAGCCUAAAAUGGCCAAUGCGAACGAGGAUCGCAAAGCGGGUAGCGAUCUCUACGAGCCAGAGAAUCCGACAGAAGAGCAAGAAGAUGACCAGGAUGAGAUAGUUGCAAAGCCAGUCGAAAAUAAAAACGAAGAAGAAACUCGGGAAGCCAGCAAUCCAAAUAGUGACCCGAGUCCAUCUCACACACCAACUGGUAAAGAACCGGACGAUGAUGAUGAGACAAAAACGCGUAGCACACCAAGUCCCACGGUGAAGGAUGCUCGCACAGUGGACAGGGGUAAGGGGGUAUUGGAACUUUACGAUGACAGUGAUUGGGAGGAACUGGAUAUUGAUAAACCGAAGGAGUUUGAGAAAGCGCUUGUUGAAACAACUGUGCCGUCACCGGUUGCAACCAAUAAAGAAGCCGAAGAAGGCGAACCAUCAAAGAACUCAAGCAGCGACACAGAUCCCGAUCGUUCUUAUACGCCGUGUCUAGAUGAGAAAACGCUAGAAGAAGAAGCCGCAAGCGGGCAACAGGCGGAUAAACCAGAAAGUGAUGCCAAGAAAAAUGAUGCAAACAAGUUGGACGAUGAGAAUGAAGAUGAAGAGAAGCGAGCGGGGGGUAUAGGCACUGAAUUAAUCUCUGAGGAUGAAAACUUGACAAACGAAAAUGAACCAAAGCGACGCAGUCGUAGUCAUAGUCGCAGUCGUAGUCGCAGUCGCCAUCGCAAAGAAGGAGGCUCCACAGCUGGACACAAAACCAAGCGUAGUUCGAGGCGUGGCAAAGAGAAUGCCGAAACAUUUAAGAAAGUGGGCAAACGUCGCAAGGAUCGCAACUAUCGGGGCGACAAGCAGCAGCAGCGACAAAAUCGAAGUCGCUCCCGGAGAAGUCACUCCAAGACGCCACGAUCUGGGACGCGCAGCAUAAGUCGCAGCCGCAGUCGUAGUCGUAGUCGAAGCCGUAUUCGCAACCGUAGUCGUUCCCGCAGCCGUAGUCCCAAUCCCCAUCGCAGUCGUAGUCUUAGCAAAUCACCACGCGGCCGUAGGCGUGGCAGCCGCUCUAAAUCGUAUUCCCGAUCAAGAUCAAACUCGGGUGGACGUCAGCGCUCAUCGUUUCGUGGUCGCGAACAUGGCAGAGGAUUUGGUCGAGGUCGUGGUGGCGGCAGUGGCGUACGAUUCAGUUCUCGCAAUCAGCAAUUCCAAAGUAGAACGUAUCAACACUCGUAUCAACAUCAACAGCAGUAUCCGCAACAACAGUAUUCAAAUUCGAAUCUGAAUCAGAAUCAGCAACAAAAUCAAUAUAAUACACAGCAGUUUUAUCAGCGUCCGAAACGCCGGGAACUGCCACGCUAUGAUGUCCGGAAUGUGGUGAGCGCCUCGCGUCAUCAGCAGAAGGAUCGAUAUGGGCGCGAUGCAGCACGAUCUGGGCGAAGUCGUUCGAUUACGUUUGAACGGCGACAACCAUCUCGUAGCUUCUCCCGUGGCUCUUCACGUGGUUCCCGCAGUCGAUCCGCUUCACCGAAGCGUUUUCGCAGUUUUAGCAUAUCGCCUUCACCGGGCGCGGGCAUUGCCGGGCAUCAUCAUCAACAUCAUCAUGAGCCAGGCGUUCGUCGACGCUCAAUGUCGCCAAUAGAUCGGCGGUUUAAUCGCUCACCAUCCCCAUCGCAAUUACCACAGGCUGCACAUCGCAACAGUCCUCUCCAUCAGCUGCAGCGUAGUCACAGCCCAAUGUCAUUGCAAUCCCGGUCGAAUACUCCGGCCCGUAUGAACGGCGGACGCAAUUUGUCGGGGCAUUCGCCACUUUAUUCGCCACGUUAUACGCCGCGUUUGAGUCGCAAUCGCUCAAAGAGUCCCAGGAAGAAAAAGAAAAAGAAGGGUGACAAAAAGAGGAAGAGCAAGAAGCGUCCUGCCAGCAGCAGUCCGGUUGGUCGCCAUCGUCGCCUCUCACGGCAACGUGAUCCCUUCGAUGAUGACGAUGAUUUUCUCGCUCCACAGCCGGGCAAAAAGUCCAAAAAGUCAUCGGGUGGCAUGGUAACUUCACAUUGGUCGCCAUCCCCCACGCCCAGUCUGUCUGGGGAACACAUAAAUUUCCUGCAUGGAAGUGCACCUGGUGGUGGCGGUGGCGAUAAGCCCGCCUCAUGGACACCGCCAUUGACAUCGCCACGAGCGCCUGGUGCGCACUACACGGAGAAUUCGCGACGUUGCCAGACGCCAGUAAUUAUUGGUAAAAAGGUCAAAACGAAGCGAGACAAGAGCCAGAAGAAGAAGAAGAAGUCGAUGGAAAGUAAACGUAAGGAGAAGAAACGCAAACGCCACACCAUGACACCUGAACCGAUGCCAUCUAAAGAAGUCUUUGCAUCUGGCAAUAAUAUUCUGGUUAGCGUCAGCUUUAACAAGGAGGCGAACAGCAACGCUUUAGCUGGGACGGCACAGCAACAGACGGUGGUGACGUUGCCGCCAACACGGGAUGAGUUCCUCAUUGGCCGACGCACAUCCAUCGAUCGGCUGACGAACAACAGCGGCAAGAAAUCGAAGCGAAAGCGAAAGAAAAUCGAUGCAAAGCCUGUGGCAAUUAUCGACCUGGAACGCUCACCAUUCCAGGUGCAUCAGGAGCCGGCCGAUGUUAUUGUCCUCACCGACAGCGAGGAUGCCAAUGAGAAUCAACUUCUAAUGCGACGUGAACGUCGACGUAGCAGCGUCGCCUCGGCCACGGAUCACCAGCUGAUGCGAGAGAAUGGACAGCGUGAGAAGACGCCAACAGCGGAUUUGGAAACCAUUAUGGAGACUUCAUAUGAAAAUCUGACUCAAACCACUGGGCCUAAGACGCCGCCAGAGCCACAUCUUGUUAAGUUCAAUUUACCCGCCAAAAAACAGCACAAAGUGCGUAAUAAUCCUCUACAUGACGAUGCCGACGAUAUACACUCUGCGGACGAAUUGGAAACAGGGUGUUCCAUGCGCAAUCCAGUUGAAGGGGAGCCCCAACAGCCACAUGUCAAUGAUGGUCUUAUUUCUACCCAGAAGAUUGGCCCGAAUACGCCACCCGAGUCGGGUCCAUGUUCUCCCGAUGCCUAUGAUCCAUUUGAGCCAACAAAAUCACCCUCCCUAUCACCGCGUUCGCCAACUCCAACGCCAGCUCAGAGCCUGGAGCCAAUGACGUUGCAAACCAGCACAGGAAGCGGUGGCCCUGCAGACAAAAUGGAUUCACUGAGCAGCAGUCAGAAGCACAGCAGCCACAGUGACGAACUGGCGGAUGCCAAUAAUGCCAGCACAUCGAAUUUAUCUGGCGCUAGCAAUGUCACUUCGCAAACGAAUUCAAAUGUCAUUAAUCCAGUCGAUCAGAUCAUGGCGCUGAUGAGUAAGCCCAGCAAUAGCAUUCAACAAGAAUUGGCCAACAAAUCCUGUGAUGCUGCAUCAACUCAGUAUCUCAACAGUACCACAAUGAGCACCUCGUUGGCGGUGUCCUGUGCUGAUGAUAAGUCUACUGAUAAUGCCAAUACCAUAACUGUUCUGUCCAAUGUCCUGCUCUCAAGUAGUACUGUUGUAUCCGCAUCUCAGCAUAUACCAGUUAUCUCAAGUCCCCCUACGACGCUGGCAAGGAAGCUAACAACACUACCCAAGACUGGAGGCAGUGUGGCCAGCAGCAGUAGUGGAAUUGGCAAUAUGCCAACUGGUAGUGGAACUUUACGUAAUGGUAACACUGCUGGUGCCGGAGGUGGAGCUGGCGGGCUGGAUGAUUCAUUCAACAUGGACAUUGAGAGUCCAUAUUCACCUGGCUCGGCUGACUAUGAGGAUUUAUUCGAGCCUCCGCCAGAUGGCAAUGCAGUUGGUGGCAUGAGGCGAUCCAAAGGCAGCGGCAAAACUGAGAUGUUUGACAAUCUCUUUGGCAGCAGCUCUCCCGUGGGACAAAUUCGAUUAUCAUCGCGUUUCAAUAAUGCGGGAGGAAGGAAACAGCAACGUGCUAAUAACAAAACCGAACGUAAAUCGAAAGCCAAAGGUAGCAAAGCGGUCGAGGACCAUGGAAAACUAUACGACGAUGUACCCAAUUCGGCGGUUGAUUUACAAAACAAGGAUAGGUUUUUGCGUAAGUUGAAUCGUCAGGAACGUGUUGUCGAGGAAGUGAAAUUGGUAUUGAAACCGCAUUUCAAUAAAAAAGUAAUUACGAAAGAAGAUUACAAGGAUAUUAUGCGACGCGCUGUACCAAAAAUCUGUCACAGUCGCUCUGGCGAAAUAAAUCCACACAAAAUCAAAAACUUGAUUGACGCCUACGUAAAGAGAUUCCGCGCUAAGCACAAGAAGUUAAGUGUACUGAAUACAGGGCAAGUAAGCAGUGCCGUCAAAUGUGCCGCAUAUUUAAAGAAGCUAUAAGCAAACGUAGAGUGUGGGUGGGGCGCGCGUUUUCUUUACAAAUCACGCAACAUCGUUUAACGGCCGCAUGCAUUCCUACGCCUCCAUCAAAUUCACAAUCGCCGCCCGUAAGCGCAAAUACAGAAAUUGUCCUUGCUAUUGAAGUUUAGUUGUUAAGUCAAUUUUAGGUUACGUUACGAAUGAUUUUAGUGUUUAAGUCAAUACAGAAGUGAAAAUAGUUAAUAAGCAGUAAAAUUUUCUCCUUCAUCUCCUUCUUUUUCCCAUCACCCCCUUCAAUGUAAGAAUAGCAAGCAAACAGUUACAAUAUACGAAAAUUAGUUGAUUAGUUUGUUUAUUCAUAUGACUUCGCACGUGGUUAUAAAUACUGUUUUGCUUUUAAAAAAAUGUAAGUAAGUGUAGAUUAUCGCAGGCAGGCAUGUAAAACGAAUAAAAUGUAUUUUAAUUUUGAUAAGUUAAACAAUUCAAUGAAAACUAAAUUAUUACUUCACCUCCACCUAUACUUUACCUAAUGCAGCAGUUAAUACUUUAACAAUUAUAAUAUAUUGACCAAUAAUUCAUUUUAUUAUAUUUUUUGUUAAAUAUUUACGCAAAUUGUCUGUUCAAGCAGAUAGCAUAGGUAUAUUUUAUUUGCAACGGAAUGAUAAAUGUAUAUUAUUAAACAAAGAAAUAUAAAAAACAUUGUAAUUAUGUAUCCAGCAUAAA